CAGCUCACCUCGGCUAAUGAGUGCGUGGGUUGUCUAAACCAGUGUCUUGUUCGUGUUCCUGUUGCAGUUCAGUAGCUCAGGUGUGAGGGACAGAAACCUUUGGGCAUGAAUCUGUACAGGAGCUUUGGAAACCUCAUGGAGGCCUGGGUAGCUGAAGGAAGCCUGUAUUCUGACUCAGAAUCACUAGGAAAUAAUGAUGGAGACUCUCCUGCACCGUCCUCUGACAUGGAGACUAACCUACGCUCAGAUUCGGUGGACUCUGGAGUGGAGACAGCCAGCUGUGACACUUCUUUUCCUGCUACAUCCUGCUCAGCAGAGAUAGAUGGAUUUAUACCAGAAAUAGAAUGCGAGGGACUCACUUCAGCCUCAACAUCACAGUCUCCUGUCCUCUCUUCUCCUGUGCCUUCCUCUUCCUCCUCUUCAUCCCCGCGCCUCUGUCCCAGCAAACCUCUGGAGAGCUCUAUUGCCUUGCACCCAAAAGUGGAGCAAGCACUGCAGAGGACUGACUCUAAACAUCAAAAGGACAAACCAGGGCCCCUUACAGUGGAGGAGGUGCUCAGGCGACGGCCUCAAGCAUCUUUUCUGUACAAACGGCACACAUCUGUGUUAGUGAGAGGUCGCAGGUCAGAAAGUUUUGGUCCGAGGAAGACAGCCAACCCACCCAUUUCCAUCGGGCAGAUAUCAGAAAUAUGGACACGGCCGAGAUCUGUGAACUGUGACAAGCAGAGAUUAGAGGAGCUCGGUGAGGAGGAGAGGACAGGACUGAGUCCUGGGCUGAUCUACCUGGAGCAGGUGUGCCAAAUGCUGGAGGAAAUUGCCAGACAACAGAUGCACAACACAGUAUUGGAGAUGGAGAUGGAUACCCUGCGGGAAAAUCAAGGCAAGCAGGCUUCCGACACCUGUCAGAGUGGCUCUGAAGCUCCUCAGGAGGCCCUCUCUUCUUAUCAAAGUCUUGAAAAUACAGAAAAUGCAGAACACAGUUCGAGUGAACCCCAGCAGAAGACAGAUAAACCCUGUAGACAUUUUCGGCAGAGAUCCGCUUCAGACACAACUUUCACUGCACUGCAUUUAAGACAGAUGAAUUCAGACUGCAGAGGGCAGCAUCUCAGUACAGGUAACCUACUGGAGAAGACAGAGAAAGACCACGAAAAGGAGGAGUCUAAAACGGAGGAGAGCAGCAAAACUAACAAGAACUGGAGGUUAAAAAUCGGGUCUUUGAAAAGAGAGGAGUCUUCUCUGCGAGGUUCAAAGGGCAAACCGAUGCAGUCAUCUGAGAAAAACUCGGCCCGACGACAGCUGAGCCAGCUGUUCAGGAGGAGGAAGAUUGUGACUGUGUAAAUGGACCACAGUGUCUCUCUUGUAAUGUUUGGGCAUUUUGGUUUCUGCUCUGCAGAGGAGUGAGCUUUUUAUUUAAAUGUCUGAGCGCUAUCGCUGCUUUCAAACUGACUUCCUAUUCAGCCCAUGUGAUGUAGCAAUCUUCCAUUUUUAUUUAUUACCACCUACAUACUUGCCUUUGUUAUUUAUACUGAUGAAUAAUUUUCUGUGACACAGAACAAAAAAUAAUUGUAUAGUUUCUCUGUAAUUAGUAUUAAGUGAUUCAUAAUUUAAAGCAGUACAAAGCUUCGUCAGAAAAACUUCAAGCUGCUAAUGGGUAAAGAACACUAGUAUGCACUCUACACUACACUAUAAAUGUCAAGUAAAAUCUGUAAAUGUAA